AUGACGCAGAAACAAACACAGAGGUAUCCAGCUGCCCAUGAAGACCAAACAGAAAUGAAGGCUACGUUAUACAACCUUUGCCUUUUUGUAUCUUUAUUAGUUAACAAAGAUCGAAGAGGAAUGCAACAUGGAUUUUACUAUAAUGGCGUGAGGCAGUUUGGUUUCAUCACAAACUUCACCAGCCCUGUUUGGCUAAAUGAGUGGACUCAUUACUGUCACAUUUUUGAGGAGGGAUUUUAUAAAGGAUAUGUCAAAGGAGAGAAGAAAGCAACUGGCAAAGUUGUUAGCGAUAAAACCAUUGCUUUUAAUGGAAUUAUUACUUUUGGACAAGAGCAAGAUAUACCUGCUGGUGGAUAUGCAGUUGACCAGUGUUUCAGAGGGUACUUUUCUCAGUUCAACAUCUGGAAGAAGGUAAUCACUGAAGGCGAGAUCUAA